UGAACUAAGUACUAACAUUACUCUCAAGUGAAAUAUGACUCAGAUUUAAUAAAUGUGACGUGAUACUUCAUUUCAGAAAUUGUGACAAAUCUGAGUGAGAUGUAGGCAAGGUGUUCUACAAAAUAAGUAUGUGGGUGCUGGGGAGGCUAGGAGAGUGGGUCAGCUUCUUAACCUGGAACCUUCUACUUGCUCUUUUAUAUUUAUUCAGGAAAUGCAUAUUUUUGGUUUCUUUUCAACAGUUCUUCUCUCACUGUGUUCAAGUAUAUCAGUUUCUCACAUCAGCUUCUAACUACGCGCAAUCUUCAACAGCUGUGCGCGCGCACAAGAUCGUGAGAAAAAAGAAAAACUUUUCAGACGACAAGAGAAGUCACAGAUCUAAACGGGAUUUGAGAAAAGACGACAAUUCUGGAUAUUCACAAAGUUUUCUCACAAAAUCAGGUCUCCCGAAAGAUCUUGGAAAGGAUCUCUCUAAACCUUUUGAUCGAAAGGUGUCUACAACUCUUCUCAAUAUCAAACAUCAAGAUAACUAUGCAAGAAAUCGGGAUUUUUGGACAGGAAACCCAUUGAGGAGUAUUGAAGGAAGUUCAGGACGAGGAUCAGAUAGUGAUACGAGUGUAUAUUCCUGUAAAGAUUCAAUGGGGAACUCAAUGGAUUCCGAAAGACUGUUUUACAGUAAACCUGAUCACAACAGUACACCUGUACAUAAAACCGGUUCUACUGAUUCCAACCAGAGAACCAGCUCUAACUACCGUUCCUCCGACUCUACAGAUUCCUUCAUUAUGGUUGGAUUGAUGUCUGUCUGGUUUACUCCUCCAUCUCUUCAGCCAAGAAUCUAAUGCAAGGAAAGUUAUUUCAGAGGUGUACGCAUCUUUGGUACUGCAGUGUACUGUCACUGGGCGGUAAUGUAAAUGUAAUGUCGGUAAUGUCGAAGCCUGACACGGGAUUCAUCAUUCACAUAAAUGAUCAAUGAAAUAUUCUGGUCAUAGGAAACUAUUAUGUGAAUUAUGAAA